AUGCAUCAGGAGUUCUGGACUUCCUGUUGGAUCGCACGGCAUUGUGGGUAGGCGGGCUCAGAAAAGUGGCAUCAACUUGCAGCUUCGCCAUAUUGGAUUACAUCGAGUGGAAUUACAUCGAAUUACACGAGCAGGAAUUUAUAAGAAGAACCAAAUAAAAGGUAUUUUAAAGGUAAGCUAUUGUUUCAUUACCUCUUGGCAACGUCAUUCUAACGAUUUUAGGCUGCAGAGUGUAGUCGAUUUGAGAUGGUACGAGUAUGAUUUUUGCUUAUUUUAUACUCAGACUUAUGUCGUAUUUCUUUUGUUUAAAUGUAGAUUAACUUUGUCCAUGGGAUUCGGCCACAGAAAUUGUGUGGUCCUAGGCUGUCCCAACAGUGGACAGAGGCUUGGGAAGUGGGCAGCUACGACCUGUGAGCUUCAUGGUUGUAACAAUGGUUCAAGCAUGUGUGACUGCCAGCCACCCUUCAAAUUAUUCCCGUUCCCGACAGAAAAGAAGAACCCGGAACGCCGAUUACAAUGGGCAAAAAAUAUAAGCAGGAACAGUUUGAAUGGGACUCUUUGGAUGCCUAACAAGGAUUCAAGAGUUUGUAAUCUACACUUCGUUGACGAUGAACCAACGGCUGAAAACCCAGACCCAACUUUGCAACUUGGUCACAGCAAGAAAACGAGAGCCUCCAAACGCCCACCACCAACGCCACGGGAUAACUCUCUUGCAGUAAGAUCCAGAAAACGAGCUAAGCUAGAUACAUGUAGCGAUGAAAUACCAGUACCUGUUCUUGACCACUCAGCUGACAACCUGGCUUGUGAUGAUGUUGAGCUCCAAGACCCUGAGCCCUCUACUUCUAUCAAUGAUUGUGUUGACAUAGACAGAGCAUCCGUAAUUCAUGACCAUUGCUAUGUCUACGGCUGGUAUGAAAUUAAUGAAAAUUCGAAUUUUUGCAUGAACACAUGUUGCUUGAAAAGCAGACAAGACAAAGAUUCGAAAAGAUAAAAAUAUCGUGGAACUUUCAGAGAAAAUACAGGAGCUAAGUGAAAAAGUGAAGUUGCUGGAAGUUCAACUUGUAGCCAAACAGGAUAAGGGAUUGAAGCAUUCAGAUCUGAGAAAUGACCAGACUGUAAAUUUACUGACUGGUAUCCCAUCAAAGCCUGCCUUUCACAAAUUAUUUGACUCCGUCAAAGGAUCUAUAAAAAAAGUGAGAUAUUGGAGUGGCCCUAAGAAAACAUCCAGAAAAGGCAGGAACUUUAGGAAAUCACCAAAAAAAUUUGGACCAAACCGGGCUCUUUCUCAAAAGGACGAGUUUCUUUUAACACUAAUGAAACUCCGUUUGGGAUCCACCAAUGCAGACCUUGCACAAAGAUUUGGAAUUUCACGAAGUACCGUAUCAACUAUUUUCAACUCAUGGGUCAAAAUUUUG